GAUUACUAGCCCGAUUCCCUCACCGUUCAGCCACCUGACUCAGGUGACUCUCUCACCUGAGUAACUGUAUGAAGCCUGUUUGUGAACCUUCUAUUCCUCCAUUCCCUAAAAUGUCACCAGAUGUCAACUCAGAUUUUGUGUGUCCUAUGUGCUUUCAUGAAAAUCAUUUUGAAUAUCCUAAAUUUCGUUUCUGAAAAAUCGGGUCCCUGCACUUCAAACUCCGGUAUUUGCGCAGGUGUGACAGUCUGCUCCCACUGAAGUUGGUCCACAUCAUUCAACACUAUGAGCCAAUCAACUCCUCCGGUUGAUGUAAAGGGUUGGGCUUUUUAUAUAAAAUAAUUGUCCUGUCGGAGUGUGAAAUUCUGGAAAUUGUUAUCCCAGUCGUAAUUUGGAGUUCAACGUGUUGCAUUUCAACGCGGACCAUUGCCGGCUGAAACCUUGUGCCAAAAGUCCGUCUACCCGUCUGUUUUUCUGAGUAAAUAGGGUUAAAUUGACAUCAUGGCUCUGGAUCUGUGCGGACAGCUGUGCAAGGUUAUUCUCAUCAUCUUCAACAUCGUGUUCGCCCUGCUUGGUGCUGCCAUUCUGGGCCUGGGUCUGUGGCUGCGGUUUGGCGCCGACACACAAGGCCUCUUUGAUGUUGACUUCAACACACGGCAGUUUGUCAUCGGUGUGAUAGUGCUGAUCGUCCUGGGUGCAGUGAUACUGGUGGUGGCCGUGUUUGGAGUCGUUGGUGCCUGCAGCGCGAGCAGUGGCGCCCUGACAGUGUUUGCCGUCUUUCUGUCCAUGCUAUGUGUGUCAGUGAUUGCAGCAGGAGUGAUCGCCUUCACAAGGAGUGAAAAGGUGGGGGAGCAGAUGGCCAUGUUCUACAAGACGGUGUACGCAAAGUAUUUGAAUACGAAGGACCCUAGCAUGACGGUCACUCUGACCUUAAUGCAUAACUGGUUCCAGUGCUGUGGAUUAGUGGGAGCCCUGGACAUUCUGGUCAAAAAGACGUGCCCCGAACAAAGCUUCAUUGAAUUGUUCACUAUGCCUGCCUGUCCCCCAGCCAUCGUCGACCUGUUUAAGGACAAAGCUCCGUUGGUUCUGGGCCUGUUCCUGGGUACAGCUGCUCUGCUGGUCAUAGUGCUGGUAUGCAGUUCUAUCCUUGUGAAGGAGAUUAAAAGGUCAAAGCAGAUUAUAGUCCCCAAUAUUAUGAUGCAGAAUAGGGUCCCCAAUGUUAUAAUGAUUGGUACCCAUUAAUGAGCAUGGUAUAAUGUAAUUUUGACUUUUGUUGUCUUUUUUCUAUUUCUGGACUACUGUUCAUUGGACCCAGU